AUGAGGAUUAACCUCGACUCCCCUUUAGUCGAUUUGACAAAGAUUUUUGAUACGGUGGGUUGCGGUGGAUGCUGGAGAAUCUAAUUGAAAUCCGAACUCCCUGAGUGAUUUACUCAGAGAAUAAACAGACUUCAGAACGGGAUGGUGACGCGCGGGAUGGAUGAGAAAAUUUCUGGAGCACUUGCGAUGACCAGUAAGGGAUUUUGGGCUGUAUAUUUUCUCCUAUCCUAUUCACCUUCAAAUUCUCCUCUUUGCUGAUAUAAGUCUAGUAUGAAGUGCGGUCGAGAAUCGACUCGAACUACCAAAUCGACAAGGAACUGUUCAACGUUCAAUGCAUGCGCACAUGCUGAUGAGUGUAUGAUAUCAGCAUUCAAGGUCGACUGAUCAAAAAUAACUGCACAUUAAACAUAACAACAGAAGCAGACGUGCAUGAGAGCGUGAUUCACUUUGCCUCCGGCUGUGCCAAGUUCGGAGUGAACAUCAACACAGAGAAGACGGUAUUCGUGCACCAAUGGUCCCAGACUCGGGUUACGCUUAACCGCGCAACUGGAACCCAAAACAUUAUAGUGGACAAAUUCGCGUUUUUUGCGGAUUAAAGUUACAGGGAGUGUCAAGAUCGAUGACUUAGUUGCCCGCAGGAUCUGCUAAGCGAGCCAGAGAUUGCGUCGGAUGUAGAACAUAGUUUGCAAUCGGAGCGACAUUCGCCUCAACACAAAACUCAAGAUUCACAAGGCUGUGGUCUUAACCACGGUGACCUGGAAGGCCUACUCGGGCCAAGAAGAAAACCCAAUCACUUCCACCUCAGCUGCCUUCAGAGAAUACUCAAUAUAAGGUGCGAAGACAGGAUCUACGACAGUGGGGUCAUCGACGACCAACAGUCCUACAUAUCUACACAUUUUUCGGGAGUUAAAUCAGUGAUCGGCCAGCUAAUCGGACUCCUAGGCCGACUCAAGAACAAUAAUGCAAUCUCGCUUGAGGAAUAGCGACAGGCAAAACCAACUGAUAUGGUACUGACCAAGUUUUACGGACUACUCAAAAUUCACCAACCCAACGCUCCUCUACGGUCUAGCGUCGAGCUAAAAGGUGGCCGCACAUACAAUUUAGCUAGAUGGAUGACCCGAAAAUUCAGCUAUGGAAAUUCCCCCUGAUCGGCCUCCCACGUCUUCGCCAACAUUUGGGGAAAAUCCGUCCGACCUGACCAAAGCAUGAAAUCCUUCGACGUUGUCUCAUUAUUCACAUUUAUCCCACCAGACUUGGAGUGUUAGCAAACGACUUGCAGGGAAGUACGCCAAGACGACUGGGCUUAUAGAAGUGGAGUAUCUAAUGAAUUUUUAACACUCUGCCAACAAACCUUUUUCAUCUCCAAUGGCAGAACAUACGGACAAAUCGAAGAAACACUGGUAGGUUUAUUUAAAUGCAGCUUAUAUAAGGAAUUGGUCGUGCAAGUGCUGAAAAAGGGCGCUUUCAAUCACUACGAACCUGCGUGUUGGCGGCGGUACGUGGGCGACGCAUUCGUCAUAAUUGAGAGAGACGGGUUGUCGGGCUUUCAAGACCUGCUUAACAGCAGCUACACUGACCUCCAGUCUACCAGAGAAGGAAAGAAGACCGAACCAUUACCAUUCCUUGUCGUGUUCACCACGCGCAGACCCGGUAGUGAACUUGACACCACAGUGUAUGGAAAAGCGACUAACACAAAUCACGUCCUCAGCUAUCACAGCAACCACCCGAUGGUUUACAAACAUGUCAUGUUAGAUCACUCUUUAAUGGGGCAAAAACGCACUGUAGCGAACCCGCAGGGACCGAUUGGCAGGGAACGGCCACGCGAAGAACCUCGUUAGCGGCUGCGUGCGUGCGCUCUCAUAACGGACAAACGGGAGAGAAACCACUAAUUUGACACUCGCUGCCGUACAUAAAGAAUGUGUCGGGGAUCAUGGAAUGCAUUGAAACAGAGUUAGUCGCAGGCACUGCCCAUCGUCCGGCAGCUACCACGCGCACCAGGCUCAUGCUGAUAAAUUACCCACUCGAUGCAGAUGAGCAUUCGAGCAUAAUUUGCCAAAUCCUGUGCCAGGACUGUGCUUAAAAUUAUACAGGCCAAACGGGACGUCGUCUUGGCUCACGAAUACUCAAACACAAACGGCCGUUCAGAGAGGCGACCUACUGUCACAAGUCGCCCCUCGCACGCUGGAGGAAGGCCAUGAGUUCGACGUUGAGUGGAAACCGAUAGUGGCGCGAGCCGGCAUCAAGACGGAGCGAAAACUGUUGGAAGCUUGGGUGUCAGACACCAACUCUAUCAACAGGCACAUUGUGUAGAUCCCGUGUUAUCAUGCCCUAUGUCCACGCAGCAUACCUGGCCCUGCUCACAUACCCACCAAAGAUACACGCUGUCACCAGGCUACGAGACCACUGUGAACCAGGCGGUGCGAAGCCGACAAAGUCACAGGCAAUACCACUCCACCCUUCCCCUCCGUGGUGGACUACAAAAAUAGUCAGUCGCCAUUGCAUUCACGCUGUCUCUGGUGUAGAGUUCAAAAGCUCGGAUGAAUAAACCUACCGUCUUAAUGAUCGCGUAUUUAUCUUCUGCUCCAUCUGGAACCUUGGAAGGGCAUAUUCGCCUCCAUCCGUGAAAACUUUCUACAAAGUAACCUCGGUAAGAUGUGGUUAUGUAGCUCCACCUGAUGGACACAAUACUGUUGGGGUUGAAGUUAGGGGUUAGUGUUAUGGGUUAUGGUUGGGGGUUAGUGUUGGGGUUGGGCUUUGGGUUUAGGGUUGGAGGUUAGGGUCAGGGGUCGGGACAACCAUUUCUCAACCACUCAAGGUAAAACCGCGCAUUCUCAAUAGCUUUCUGUUGCAUACAACUACUUGAACUCGUCGCCUGUGCGUUCUCCGGCUCCAGCUGUAAAAACCCCUUCUGUCACCGAUUCCGUAUUACAAGUGGCUGGGGUUUGUUUACUUCAGGUGUGGCUACCGAACCACAUCUGAUCGUCACCUCUGUCUUUUCUAUUGUGGAUGUGCUAGAGGUUCAGGGUGGUCAGGUGCUGCUCGUGCGAUCUGAAAUUGAAUCUGCCUCCGAUAUGAUGAUGGCUAUUGAAGUUCAAUGUUCGCAUGGUUACUGUUGCCUCACUGAAUGUCCCGGAUGUGAAAUUGCCGUUUUCCGGUAGAUGAGAGUGUUUGUGCUUCUUCCCAAGAAAUCCCACAUGAUACUUUACUUUCCUCCACUUGAAUGGCCAGCGGCUAGAUUUUCUUUGAUUGGUUUCUUAAGUACAUUUGCUUUGGUAGAGGUAUGGCUGGCUGACGACGGCCAAGAUGCCAAAAAUGGCCACCCCAGUUCCCCUCGUCUUUGUCGGUAGUGCAUUCAGAUGUACUCGGAUGAAGCAUCAUAACCAACCUCUAUAUGCUUUCCAGCAGAGCAUAAUACAACCUUGUCUAAUAUUUUUAUCAACGAAGACAAGGAAUUCUGACAUAAUGUCUUUUUGUAGGCAACGUUUCUUGUUUAUUGGUAGUCAACAAGGCCUGCGAGUGUCAGGUCCAGAGGUACGUGGACACAUUUAACUCCUAAUUUCUGCCCUUCACUCGGAAUAGAUGGUGAACACUACUCUCAGGUAACAUUCCAGUUUCAUACUUACUUUUCCAACAUUCGACAAAAAGAAUGUCAACAUUUUACCCAGACAAUCGUUUCACUGUUGCGGUGCGGUUAUGAUCUUCAGCACUUCUUGUCACGUCAGUUCGGUCAAAAAUUUUAAGUCAGGUACUGUCGCUCUUUAUGUCGGAAAAGCUGGUAUGCGCAUUACAAUUACGCAACAGCAGCGUGGGAGUGAACAUCAGAUCUUGAAGUUUGAUAGAACCAGUAAAUUCUGCUUAAUUUAGUGCUUUUGUCUUGUUUGUGUUUCCGCACCCUGCCUGAAAAUGAAUGCUUAUUCUUCUCUUCAUAAGUUGGUUUGGAAAGAACCAUAAUUUGGAGCUGUGCGAACUGGGAGACUUUUCUUGUGGAAUUUUUAAUUCACAUAAAUUAACCAGUACUAUUUUCACUUGUGAAUGGAAGUGUGUUGGCCUUUCACAUAGUUUGAUUUUGUUCUCCAAAUUCAGGACCUUUCCGAAUUCAACUGAAUCCGCUUCAACUAACGUGACCUCCCCUGUCUUCUCCGAUUACGUCCCAGGCACUUUGCUUUAAUUGCAGUUGCCUCGGGGAAGAUCUUGUCGAUCAGAUUUUAUCUGACUUGGGUGCUUCAUUCCCUUGCGCGUUUCCUCCCUACUUGAGCGCCAGCCAGCAAAAGUAACCAUUUGCGACCGCCGCCCCCUUGCCCUGCCUUUUCAUCUCCUUUUGUCCCGCCUUCGAAUCGCGAGGGGGGGGAGAGGGGAGUGUGAAACGACCAAUCAGUGUUGAGAAUGAAUUGAGCCUCUCACUUUAUCCCUGAUCUGCCCGUUCGCCUGACUUAACCCUGCCACAUGACACGCGAUGUUAGCGCGUGCGUGAGUGCGCUCAUAGCGCAGGAAUGUCGCGCACAUUUUCAUCAAUCAAGACAAUACUUUGAAAACUCGACUAGGUAUUUGACCCCUUCUCUCACAUCGCCGAGAAGAACAAAUCCUUAGCUUACCGCGUCCGUCCCACUUGCUUUGAACUAUGUAACGCAUUUACGUAAUGAGGUGAGUGCGCAGUGCAGCUCAAAAGCAUUUAAUUAGAGAUUUCACCGUAUCAUAGAAGAGGAGCAAUUGAGGUGAGGCCCCAAGAGCGGGGAAGGAUAGAAUCACACUGGGUGGAGAAACAAAGUUCAAAGGCCGUGGAAUAAAGCAGACACAAAGGCCGGUUCUUCUAUCGUGCGAGGCGACGAGCAGCUCCCCUGUGUUUUUGAGAUUGAAACAUCCUAUUUUAUCAUAAGUAGAGGUAAUUAGGCAAAUAAGCAGAUUAUUCCAACCUUGGGUAUUGGAUACCAUGAGCGAAAUUCGAUGAAUAUUGGGCGAACAACCCGGUGUCAUCUGUCCCAUGCUUUAAUCGCUCUUUUAAUGAUUCACUCAUGGAAACGGAAAUACAAACAAAAACGCAGUGACCUGCUGUCGCACAGCGUCAUCCAUAUUCUUGCUAGGGUUAUUCCUGCAAUUCCACAGUUGCUAGGAUAACAGCCCCAGCAUUGGGCAAGUCAGGUCAUUCCCUGGUCAGAACGAAUUAAUUUGCCCAUAAAUCUCCCCCCCCCUGGCGUACGCUGUCCUACGCCACCGCCUCCGGAUUCGCAACACUGACGGCUGAAGUAACCAUAACGUCUCAUGGAAGCCAAGUCUAUUGUUGCUGCCUUGUAAUUUCAAACGAUGUUCGGCACACGGUCUCGAUGAUCUCCGAGUCUUUUUGCCCGCCGUGUAAUCGAAACAAUGGGUUUGGAGUAAUCGGACAACAAGAAUAUGCGGAAGGGUGUUAGUUGACAGUAAUCUGCAUCUCAGGGUGGUAUCCUUCAGACUUUUUUUAACAUGUCUUCAGUAGAAUUUAGACAUUUUUGCGUCUCCCGGUUUUAUAGUGGGCUGCAACGUCCACCGAUCCAAGAUCGUUCCCACCCCCCUCACCCAUGAUCCAUGAUUGAUUCCGCGUAUGUUAAUAAGGGCCACGCCGCUCCCUAGUACUAUCCUCGUAUUCAUUCGUGAGCGUUGGAUUCUACAAUAAUGCAGCCAGCACGUCUUAAGCAUUUGCAGAUAUCGAAGUGCUUGUGUCUGAAUAUAGACGAUUAUAACUUGUUCUCAACCUACAGUAGGUGGGCUAACUCAUGAAAUUUCAACCGGAAUUUCGAAAGGCGUUCUCGUUUCGAAAAGAUUAAUUAAGUAGGGUUGUAAAAAUAAUCAUCAUCCGGCAUAGUUCUGUAAUGAUCCAGUUACCACGGGGUGUUUUCUUUCGAAUGAAUUUAUUUCCGACUACACGCAGGAACUAUACUCUGCGAAAAAUGGCUUCUUAAGUAGCAUGCAAUUUUCUUAUUGAUUUCCGAUGCCCUUAAAAGUCCAAUUAUAUUUCAUAAAAAAUGCAUAGAAAUAAUUAUUCUUUUCUUUGUUCCGUGUAAAAUUCCGUCUUUUUUCAAUUUUAUACUCGAAAGAAGGGCGUAAGUGAGUUUAUUAAGGGGAUGAGGCUUUCGCCCUUGAGCUCCCUAUUCAUAUCGAUAAACGGAAAUAAAGUCAUCAAUUACAUCAGCAAAAGCAAAAAGUUAAAAAGUUAGCGGUAAGUGUGAGCCAGGCGCAAACUGCCGCCGCUAAAACAGUCAUUAUUAUAUGUACAGUAGUUUCUCAAAAAAUGAGUAUCUAGACUGCACUUAAAGGAUUUGACACUUUCGGAACGACGGCAUCAGGGAGUCCGUUCCAUGCCCCAAUGGCCCUGUGGGAGAAGGCGUUCCGUCGGACGUCCGAAUGAGCCCGCUUCCUCUACAUUUUGAAGGGAUGACCACGCAGACGGUCAGUCCCGGUUUUAAAAAACUUCUCCAAUUUGCGGGUAAUUGUGAACCCCGACACUGGCAUUCAGGGUUUCCAAACUACAAGCCGCAUACUUUUCGCGUACGGAAAACCAUACAUUGCUCUACAGUAUGAAGAGGAAACCAUAUGGGGUUCAUAAAAUUUAGCUUUGGAUUUGGGCCAUAUUGUUAACUUUCCAAGCCACAUUGGCAAAUGCAGAGACAUGACGUUUUAUGAACGACCAUUUCACGGUCUUAAAUAUCUCAUACUGAGAAACUUUUCUAAAACCGAAGUAUGCCCUUCCUUCGAGUAUAAAACUGAAAGAAGACGCACUUUUAUAUCGACCAAAGAAAAUAAUAAUUAUUUUUACGUAUUUUUUCCGGGAAAUAAAAUUGAACUUUUAUGGACAUCGAAAAUCAAUGGGAAAAUUGCAUGCUACUUAAGUAGCCAUUUUCGCAGAGUAUAGUUCCUGCGUGCAGUCGGAAAUAAAUAAAUUCAAAAGAAGACACCUCGAGGUAACUGGAUCAUUAUAGAAUUAUGCUGGACGGUGAUUAAUUUUACAACCAUAUUCAAUUAAUCUUUUCAAAAUGAAAACUCAUUUCGAAAUUUCGGUCGAUAUUUCGUGAGUUGGCCCACCUACUGUAUAUAACUAUAAUACCUGCAUGAGUUACAACAUGGCUAAAAUGACAUUCUUUUGAAUGUGUUAAGUAUAUACUUAUUUGGAACCUCGAAGUUCAUAAUAAUCUGGCCAGUCAAAGGAAUGUAAUAUUCCUUAAAAUUAUAGACAGUGCCUACAGGAUGGGAGACUACAGUGGAAAGUCAGUCUGCUAUCAUUCAGGAAUGACCUUAGGUGCGUGUUUUAUGCUAACUGUUGCAACUCCAUUUAAACAAUCUUCAGGCAUAUCGACCACUGUUUAAUAAAUCUAUCCAGCAUUAUCGUAGCCCUAACAGUCUAUAGUACGAUUCGUUUACCAGCGAAGCAACUCGGCUUCAUAACUGCUAGUGGUUUUACUGCAAUGUUUCCCUCAUUAGCAAUGGCCCUCACCACAACCGUAGUGGUGCUAAUAGUAGUAGUAGUAGUAGUAGUAGUAGUAGUAGUAGUAGUAGUAGUAGUAGUAGUAGUAGUAGUAGUAGUAGUAGUAGUAGUAAUACGGGAUAAAUGAAGACGUCCGGACAUCACGUCGCAUAUUAGCUGUGAUCGAUCGUUCUCAUCGGUGCCUUAAUUAUAAAUCAGUCCUCGUUAUUCUACAGUGUAUUCCGAUUACAGCUGGGUUACUUAAUUUCUCUACAAGAAAUAUGAAUUCAACAGCACCUAGAAUUUCUUGUUGGCUGAAAUAUUUUAAUCGAUUUCUCUACAGCCAGGAAUGCUACAAAACAACAGCAUGCGGUGAGAAUUCUUCUGGCUGCUUGAUAAAGUCAUAUAAACGUUUGUCCUUGCUCAUGCCCAAAGGUACUGUCAAUCAGUCGCUACGCCGAGUCUCGAAGUAAUUGCAGGCUGCGAGACUUGACGAUUCGACCGUCUCAAGUGACGACGUCCGAGUUGACACACCACCGGUGACUUGAACGGCAUUCACCAACCUCUCUCUAUCUCUCUGUUUUCCCUCAUCCAUCUUGUUUGGAAGGGUAGACAAUGUCAGGAAAACUGGCGACGAGCCCCGGUUGUAAGGCUUACAAGGAACAUACAGGUCUUUUAGUAGCGUAGGAGUGGGUUAUACGACUUUCCGCCACGAAACUCGCUUCAUCAACGUGGUUUGCCAAUACGCUCACGUAAUAUGUCCGAAAGUCUGAUGGUGAUGACGGUGAUGAUGAUGAGGAUGAUGGUGAUGAUGACGACGACGACGACGACGACGACGAGGACGGCGGUGGUGGUGGUUAUGGUGGUGGUGAUGAUGACGACGAUGAUGAUGAUGAUGGUGGUGGUGGUGAUGAUGAUGAUGACGACGAUGACGACGACGACGACGAUGAUGAUGAUGAUGAUGAUGAUGAUGAUGAUGAUGAUGGUGGUGAUGAUGAUGAUGAUGAUGAUGAUGAUGAUGAUGAUGAUGAUGAUGAUGAUGAUGAUGAUGAUGAUGAUGAUGAUGAUGAUGAUGAUGAUGAUGAUGAUGAUGAUGAUGAUGAUGAUGAUGAUGAUGAUGAUGAUGAUGAUGAUGAUGAUGAUGAUGAAAGAUAA